AUGAGGCCUGUUGUGUCCUACGAUGAUAUCGCGUCUGUUCCAACCUCUCAGCCCCCGCCGGCGAAGAAACGCAAGGCGAAUCAUAAUACAAAUAGGAAUCAACGAAACAGGAAGCGCAGCAGGAAUGAGGAAGAGAGUAGGGAGCUCACGCAUGACGAGAUCUGGGAUGACUCGGCUCUGAUUGACGCUUGGGCUGCUGCAAAUGAAGAGUAUGCUGCAUACCAUGGUGGAGAUGACAAGAGCUGGAAGAACGAAUCUACAGAGCUCCCACCAGACGAAGACAACUCCAAAACAGACCUAGAGCCCCCACUCGAGGACUCUCAACCGCUCAACGUCCUCCCUUCGCAUGACCCAUCCUUGUCCUCCGUAUCACAAGAUGAGGCGUUUCAGAGAGCCAUGAAUUCGAUGUACUGGGCUGGGUACUGGACGGCGGUGUAUCAUCAUCAGAGACGGUUGGCUGAGGAGGAGGAAGACGAGGAGGGUGAAGGCAAAGAAGACAAGGUUGAGGUCGAGGAAGAUCUGGUCAGCACACAACGAUGA